ACAGUGGUGGGAGCAUCAUGUUGAGGGGAAGCUUCUCAGCAGCAAAGCCUUGAUGGCUAAGAGUAAAGUAUUUAUUUAUUUAUUUAUUUUAUACACUGGAUAGGUAGAUCUCAGGAUAGAAUGGAGUGAAGUCCUCCUGGCCCUCACUGAUGAUGUCACAUUCCGUUAGUCCCCCACUGAUGAUGUCACAGUCCAUUAGUGAGUCCCUGAUGAUGUCACAGUCCUGUGGUACCUGAGCAUUCCGGAGGGGUAUAAAUAGCUCACGGAAUCAUUUCAUCUUCAGUUCGUAUUCAUUACACUGACAAGUCGUGAUUACAAGCCCUUUUUUCGAAAAGACUUUUUUCAAAGCGCAAGUUUGAGUGAUGGCAGCCAAGAGAACCAACGCCAUGAACCAAACACCAAACAGUCCACAGGAACCAACUACAGUGGACGUGAUUCACCAUGUUGUGAAUUCCUACAUUGGGAUGAUUGACCCCAGGCAGUGGGCCUUUUUGCUCACAGGAGCCCCUGAUGGCAAGACCAGAUACAUCCUGGUAGAGCUGCUUAUUGACUUGGUGGAGCUCAUUAACCAAUCAUCGCUGUCAGAGGAGAAGAGGAGAGGAGCUAAACCCUGGGAGUUCCUGUCAUCCGGUUUGGGGGAGACAAUACCCCAAACCUUUCCUCAAAUUCUGGUGGUUCCAGACGAGGUUUUCCAUGAGAUCUUGGACUCCCUGAGGAGCAUCCUCAUCAGAGUAGCGACAGCAGCAUAUGUGAAGUGCAUGCACUUUGUCCGCACUCCCCCUGCGACACCAUGUGGACAGUACAACACUGCCCUCAAAGCACUGUUUGAGGAAAUGGUUGAUCGCAUCAUUGAAAAGCUGUGCAGUGAGAAGAAGAGACUGAUGUCCAAGCAUCAACGUCUCCACCUGGGACUCGUGGCCACUUCCAAACCAACACUCCCUAAAGAAGAAGAUCUGGAGUCAAACAAACCUGGAGUCUGCAACAAUGACAUCCCAGAGAGUUUGGAAAUGACGCCUGAGCCACUUCCCAAAAAGUCUCCUCCUGUGACAGCACAGACGCCCGACGUGACAGACGUCGGCCCUGAGGACACCUCUGUGCCUCCGGACACAGCUUCAGUGUCCACCUCUGAACCUGAGGACACCUCUGUGCCUGCGGACACAGCUUCAGUGUCCACCUCUGAACAUGAGGACAACUCUGUGCCAGCACAGACGCCCGACGUGACAGACGUCGCCCCUGAGGACACCUCUGUGCCUCCGGACAAAGCUUCAGUGUCCACCUCUGAACCUGAGGACACCUCUGUGCCUCCGGACACAGCUUCAGUGUCCACCUCUGAACCUGAGGACACCUCUGUGAAAGCACAGACGCCCGACGUGACAGACGUCACCCCUGAGGACACCUUUGUGCCUCCGGACACAGCUUCAGUGUCCACCUCUGAAUCUGAGGACACCUCUGUGCCAGCACAGACGCCUGACGUGACAGACGUCACCCCUGAGGACACCUCUGUGCCUCGGGACACAGCUUCAGUGUCCACCUCUGAACCUGAGGACACCUCUGUGACAGCACAGACGCCCGACGUGACAGACGUCACCCCUGAGGACACCUCUGUGCCUCCGGACACAGCUUCAGUGUCCACCUCUGAACCUGAGGACAAGCAGGACGUGAGAGCGGAGGAAAAAUCAUUCGUGAGCGGUGCAGCGGAGAAGCUCAUUUCACGUGCUCUCAAAAAGUCAAAGGUGACCUCCGCUACAGACCCUCUUGAUGACAUCCACCAGCAGAUAUUCACCAAACUCUGGGAGGGUGUCGAGAGUGAAGGUCUUCACAUCAACCAGGACCAGAUGAAGAACAUAGACAAGGCCGUAUUCAAAGACGUCUGCAAGAAUCUGCACUGCUCGAAGUCAUCUCUGUGGACUCUCAUGGUCUUAGAGGAUCCACCGGUAGAAGACGUCAUCUUGUCUUCUUUUAAAAACCAGAUGAAGAGACAAUCCCAGGAACCUGGGACCAUCAAGAAGUUCUUCAGAUCAAUAGGCAGAGCUUUCUGCAGGCCCACAGUACUGGUGUCCUAAAGCUCAACAUCUAAAUCAUCAUCGACGAAUCCACCUCAAAGCUCAACCAGGAAGUUACCAACUUCCCCUCCCCUUCCCUUCCACUGAUUGCUGCUUGUCAGAGAGCAGUGGAGCGGUUGGUCUCUUCCAUCUGGGGACACCUCCUCUUCCGCUAGUUGCUGCUGGUCAGAGAGCAACGGAGGAGGGGGUCACCUAGAUGCGGGGACACUUCCUGUGCCUGCCUGCAGGAUUUGAGCUCGUAUCGUCGUCUUGAUGGACACCAGUACCACCUGACACCUAGAGGGCCAGUGAUCCAUUCCUUGCACCACCUGUUCUGCUGCUGCUGCUGAGGACGUCUCUUUAUCUGCUAACUAUUAGCAAAAUUAAAAAAAAAAAAAAAAAAAAAAAAAUCAGUUUGCAUUUCUCAUUUAUGUCAACAAGUUAAAUAAAACUGAAAAAAGUGGUCAGAUUAGAGGAACGUUACCGGGCAUCACUGAAGAGGACAUACGUAUAAUGUCAUUCCUGAUAUGCUUUCAACCAAUCAUGACAUUAACACGGUUGAAGGAGUUAGGGCUGAGGAGACAGGUUUUCCCAAUUCAUCUUAGCAAGAUAAACAUUUUUCAGGCCAGGGACCCCCAAACUGAUGGAGAGAUUAAGCAGUAUAUAGUAUAUGUUUCUACAUUAGACUUGGCCUAGUGCUAUUUAUAAAUAUACAUCAUUAUAAUUAUAAUCAUUUUGCAUUCAAUAUUAAGCUAUUCAAAUAAUACACAGGUCCAAAUACUAUUUUUUUGUUUCAAACAUGUGCAAAGUAGAGUGGCAGUGCCAGAAAAUUGUAGUCACAAUGUCAAAAUGUAAAAUCUAAUAUUUCACCAGGCAUACAUGAAGUCAAUGGCACCAACAUGAAUAAAAAUGACUUGGCCCAGUUUAGUAUAAAACACCCUUUUAUACAAUAUACAUAUAUAGUUGUAGUUUGAAGAUAUUUAGCCUAAAAGACAUUGGAGACUUCUGUUUGAGACUCAGUUAUUUCAGGUUUUCAUUAUUCAUUUAUGGGUAUGAAC